AUGUUGGCAGCUAAAACUUCAAUGCGUUGCUUCUCUUCAACUGCUCCAGCUCUCAAAACACUCAAGAUUGGUUUGAUCCCAGGAGACGGGAUUGGAAGGGAAGUCAUUCCUGCAGGUCAAAAGGUAUUGGAGAGCUUACCUUCGAAAUUCGAUUUGCAAUUUGAAUUUGUCAAUUUGGAUGCUGGGUUUGAAUUAUUUAAGAAAACAGGUACUGCAUUGCCAGACAAGACUGUUGAUGUUUUGAAGAAUGAGUGCGAUGGUGCCUUGUUUGGUGCCGUCUCUUCUCCAAGUACAAAAGUAGCUGGAUAUUCAUCCCCAAUUGUCGCAUUGAGAAAGAAGUUGGGUCUUUACGCCAACGUGCGUCCUGUCAAAUCCGUUAAAGGAAUUGGAAGACCAGUUGAUAUGGUCAUUGUUCGUGAAAACACUGAAGAUUUAUACGUGAAGGAAGAGAAGACCUACGAAAGGGAAGAUGGAACUAAAGUUGCAGAGGCGAUAAAGAGAAUCUCUGAAACUGCGCUGAAAAGGAUUGCAAAAAUGGCAUUUGACAUAGCUGUUCAAAGACAAGCAAUAAGAGAAGCUUCAACAAGUGAUCAGCUCCACAGUUCACCAUCUGUCACAGUCACCCACAAGUCUAAUGUCUUGUCACAGUCCGAUGGUUUGUUCCGUGAAUCAUGUAAAGAGGUAUACGAUGCCAAUAAGGAUAAGUACAAAGACGUUGAGUACAAGGAACAAAUUGUUGAUUCAAUGGUUUACAAGAUGUUCAGAGACCCAGAAGUUUUUGAUGUUGUUGUAGCACCAAACUUGUAUGGUGACAUCUUGAGUGACGGAGCUGCUGCAUUGGUAGGAUCAUUAGGAGUUGUUCCAUCGGCUAAUGUUGGUGACUCUUUUGCUAUUGGAGAACCUUGUCAUGGAUCCGCCCCAGACAUCGAAGGGAAGGGUAUAUCGAAUCCUAUUGCCACCAUCCGAUCAACUGCAUUGAUGUUGGAAUUUAUGGGCUAUCCAGAAGCUGCAGCAAAAAUAUAUGAAGCUGUAGAUGCCAACUUGGCAGAAGAUAGCAUCAAGACUCCAGACUUGGGUGGAAACUCUUCUACAAAUGAGGUUGUUGAGGAUAUAAUCAAAAGGUUUUAA